AUGAUGAGAGGUCGUCUGCACCUCCUCGCAGCACCUGCAAGCUCUGCAGGCACAAUGAUGCAGAUGACGCUCUGCUGCACGCAUAACGACCGUCGCACCCUUCACAAUGGCAAUCGCAUCCUGUGGCACCACACGUCGCAGCGGGUGCGCACAGUCUCCGUCUCACUCACUCCUGUCCCUCUCCCUGAGAACUCAUCGGCGGCCGUGGCACACUCACCGGCAUGUCAGAAAGCAAUUUGUUUCCUCUUCCCUCGCACAUCGCACAGUAGCACCGCCAAACGCAUGUCGCUCCUCCUUUCACAGAUUCUCCUCAGACACGCCUCCCGCCACAUUCAUCAGCUCACAGGCACGCAGUCCGUAAACGUCACGCUGCUGCCCCGCAUGACGGUGCCGCACACACCAACACGGCACCCCGCCACUCGGUGCAAGCAGUGUCUGGACACACAAAACAGGUUGCCCCAGUCAACGACAGCCCCCUCCAAGCAGUGA